AUGGCUAUAAUCUCAUGGAAAGCAAUCGACGAAAGUCUCUCGCUCAAAUGGAAGAUUGUCAUCACCCUCCUUACAAUCUACACUCUCCGUAUUUUAGGAACUCGGAUCAUCACAAAACGAGCAAGGCGGAAGUUCCGUGAACAGCACGGCUGCGCUCCCGUGACUUGCCAGCUCCCACUGAGGGAUCCAUUCUUCGGCAUUGACUUCAUUCUCAAGCUUAUGAGGGUUUUCAAAGAAAAGCGACUGUUGGAAACCUUUGCCAACCUUUACAAGACAGUUGGUAUUACAUUCCUAGUUGAGCGUGGUUCUCAGCAGACUAUAUUUACAAUCGACCCGGAAAACAUCAAAACAGUUCUUGCUCUCAAGUUCAAGGACUAUGGACUUGCUUUUCGGGCCCCAUUGUUCAACCCCGUCACGGGCGGCGGUAUGUUUGUUUCUGAUGGCGAAGAGUGGGCGCAUUCGCGGGCUUUGAUGCGUCCAACCUUUGCCCGAGAUCAAGUGGCCGACCUUGAAUUGACAAACCGACAUGUCACAGACCUCGUGUCGAAGAUACCCAUCAACACAUCCUUCAAUUUGCAGGAACUUCUCUUUGACUUCACGAUGGAUACUGGCACUGAGUUCCUCUUCGGCGAGUCAACAGACACACUUUGCAACCCUACCAAAGCAAGCCAAGAGUUUACCAAAGCCUUUGAUUUCACCCUCAAGGACGUGGCUUACCAGGCAAGAUUAGGCCCGUUCCGUCGCUUCCAAGGCUCUCGAAGCAAGGCACAUGAUGCCUAUCAGGUGUGUCGGUCUUAUGUCGAGCAUUACGUCGAUCAAGCCAUGGCUCUUCGCACACUGCCUUCGAAGAGAGAAGCACCAAGAGAGAAUGAAUACAAAAGUCGACACGACAGUCUGCUGAGGCAGCUUGCUAGUUCGGGUGUAUCAAAGGAAAAGAUACGAGCAGAGUUGUUGAGCGUUUUGAUAGCUGCAAGAGAUACGACCUCGAACCUUCUGGGCAAUCUCUUCUUUAUCCUUGCACGCAGACCAGAUAUCUGGACCAAGAUUCGAGAUGAAAUUAAGCAACUUGAUACAAACGAACCAACUUAUGAGCAGCUUCGUCAUCUCACAUAUGCUAAAUACUGCAUCAACGAAUCAUUGCGUCUCCAUCCUCCUGUGCCUAGUAAUGGGCGCAUGGCAUAUCGGGAUACAGUUCUUCCUCAUGGUGGUGGCCCAAAUGGGGAUCAACCCGUUCAUGUUCCGAAAGGCUCUAUGGUCAACUACACUGUCUAUGCCAUGCACCGCCGUAAAGAUCUGUAUGGUCAAGACGCUGAAGAGUUUCGGCCCGAGAGAUGGGAGUCUCUUAGACCUUCAUGGUUCUUUCUACCUUUCAAUGGGGGUCCACGUAUUUGCCUCGGUCAGCAAUACGCCAUCACCGAGUCUCUACUGGUCAUAAUGCGUUUUGCUCAAGAGUUUAUCUCGAUUCAAUCGAUGGACCCAAAGCCUUGGACUGAGGAGAUUGCGCUCGGCUGUGGCAAUGCCAAUGGUGUCUAUGUUAAAGUACAGAGAGUAUAG